CAAAGCGAGGCGAUUCUUCUUCUUCUUCUUCUCUGGUGGUGUGGUCGGGAAGCUAAACCCGGGAGAAGCCGCAGCGCAGCGAGGGUGACGAGGAGGAAGACGAGGGGAGAGAGAGAGAGAGAGAGGGAAGCAGCAUUGGGGUUCGUCGCCUCCAGAUCUCCGUCUCCGAUCCGGCGACUGAGCUCUCGAUCGCCUCCUCCUCCCCGCCGGCAACCGCCGCCUGCUCUGGGUCCCCUCCGCGAUCGAUGCCAUGGAUGUGAAGGGUCGCUCCGCCUCCGCGCCCGCAUCGCCGUGCGUCGUGCUCGGGGACGACGCCGCCGAUGCCGCAGCGGUUGCCAAAGUUGAUCGGAAAUAUGGGAGUAUGCUCAAUGCUGGGAGUCCACUCCAAAUUCUUUACACAGAUCAGUUAGCUGAUGCGAAAGGUGGUCUUAAGGCAAAUGCACCAUGUGAAAUAACUUCUGUUACAGAAUGCACCUGCCCUCUAGAACUACAAGGCAUGUUGAAGGAGGAAUGUGUUGAUCAGUACAAGCUACUAUCUGACAGGCUGCUUGCCAAGAUAGUUCCCAAGGUUGCAAGAGUCAAGAAACCAGUUUCCAGUUCAGAGGUAUAUGCAGAGUUUGGUGUUUCUGCAUAUUCAAAAUAUGGUACAAGAACAGUGAGUACAUCAUUGAGAGUUCUUAAACUGAGUCAGAUGUGGGUUUUAUUCCUGGUGAUCCUUCUCUUAGUCUGUCCUGUCUAUUCAUUAACACAUGAUGGAAGUGCAGAGAUUGGUACUUGUCGGUUUGACAAAACGAGUGUUGCUGCACUCUCUUGCAAACAGCCUGAUGGGAAAUGGAGGCCACCCUCAGUGACAUGUUGUAAUGCAUUGCUGAAUGCAAUUGAUCAUUUGCCAGCUAGCAAUGAGAGCGGAGUGUGCUGUCUGUGUCGCUAUUUGCAACUAAGAUACCCUAAUGAUGGGCAUGGAUUGGUAUCAUCUUAUGUUCUAUGCCAGGGAAAGGAUAGGCAUAUUGUCACUACAUGGUCUUCUUUUCCAAUCACAUCAUGUUAUACAGUAUGCAGGCAGGAAAAAACUUCAUCGAGUGGUAUGAGUAACCCUGUCCAGAAGGAUCAUCCUGUGAGAAAUGCACAUGGAACUGGCAAUGAGGUCUUCAAGAUCCCUUGGAUAUUUGGUUCAGUGGCAUUCUGUGUGAUAUUACUUAUUUUCCUUUGGUACCUGUGGUGGUCUAAGGCAGCAUCAAAUGCAUGCCAACUGCAGUCCCUUCCCCUGAACCGAAAUUGGAGGCUGUCAUCAGAUGGUGGUCCAUGGGCUGAGCGCAGGCGAUCCUCUGGGAGGCGUUCAUCGGCACAACUGAAGGAGCGCAGGAUGUCAUAUUCAUAAACUUCCCUGAACAGUUGGAAGGAUUGGAAUAUCUGGUUCUAAACAAGUUCAUUCUUCUUUCUUGACGGGCAGUGCUUUAAUUGUUGGUAUGAUAUGCAUUGUUGAGGAUGUGAUGGUGUUUUUGUCUCAAGGAUUGCACAUACGUGAACAUAGCAAUUCACAACUGCUAUUGCUUAGGAGUUCUGAUAUGCCAAAGAAUGUUGUCUGAAUAUAAUGGCCAUGUUUAAGUGCAGUAAGUCUGUGACAUUGUACAUCAGUUAUACUGUCUAAAACCUAACAAUGAGGAGUUCCAGACCA